CAAAUUCAUAGGACAAAGUUUGUCAUCCUCCUUCCUUAAGGAGCAAAGAGUAUUUCUCUCAAUUUUCUGGGCACCAGGCCUAUUCUUCCUGUUCAUCUUCUGGGUUUUUUACAAAAUCUUAACACAAUAGAAUGGCCAUGGUAGAGGAACCACUCUACCCGAUUGCUGUGUUAAUUGAUGAGCUCAAGAAUGACGAUAUUCAGCUUCGUUUGAAUUCCAUUCGACGUCUUUCAUCCAUUGCCAAAGCUUUAGGAGAGGAGCGUACUCGUAAGGAAUUAAUUCCAUUUUUGAGCGAGAAUAAUGAUGAUGAUGAUGAGGUGCUUCUUGCUAUGGCACAAGAGUUGGGUGUUUUUGUUCCUUAUGUAGGUGGUGUCGACCAUGCUACUGUUUUGCUUCCUCCUUUGGAAGCUCUGUGCAUUCUUGAAGAGACUUGUAUCAGGGAUAAAGCCAUCGAAUCACUCUGCAAAAUUGCUUCUCAGAUGAAGGAAUCUGAUCUUGUCGAUUGUUUUAUUCCCAUGGUUAAGAGGCUGGCCGGUGGUGAGUGGUUCACUGCUCGUGUUUCUUCAUGUGGCUUGUUCUAUAUUGCUUACCCAAGCGCUCCAGAGAACACAAAAGCCGAGUUGAGAAAAAUAUACAGCCAACUGUGCCAGGAUGACAUGCCUAUGGUGAGAAGAUCAGCUGCCAGUAAUCUGGGUAAAUUUGCUGCUACAAUUGAACCUGUCUUUUUAAAGUCGGACGUUAUGUCAAUGUUUGAAGAUCUGAUACAAGAUGAUCAAGAUUCUGUUCGUCUGUUGGCUGUUGAGGGUUGUGCAGCUCUUGGGAAGCUUUUGGAGCCACAAGAUUGCAUUGCAAAUAUUCUUCCUGUAAUAGUUAAUUUCUCCCAGGAUAAGUCCUGGCGUGUACGUUAUAUGGUCGCCAAUCAACUGCAUGAGCUAUGUGAAGCAGUUGGUCCGGAUUCAACAAGGUCGGAUUUGGUGCCUGCAUAUGUACGGCUGCUUCGUGACAAUGAAGCUGAAGUACGUAUAGCAGCCUCUGGAAAAGUGACCAAAUUUUGUCAUAUUUUAAAUCCUGAGCUUGCAGUUCAACAUAUUCUUCCUUGUGUAAAGGAAUUGUCAUCUGAUUCUUCUCAGCAUGUUCGUUCUUCUUUAGCUUCAGUUAUAAUGGGAAUGGCACCAAUUCUGGGGAAGGAUGCUACACUUGAGCAGCUUCUUCCCAUCUUUCUUUCGCUACUUAAAGAUGAAUUUCCUGAUGUUCGUCUGAACAUUAUCAGCAAGCUUGAUCAAGUGAACGAGGUCAUUGGCAUAGAUUUGUUAUCACAGUCAUUGCUUCCUGCUAUUGUUGAGCUUGCUGAGGAUAGGCAUUGGAGAGUUCGAUUGGCUAUUAUCGAGUAUAUACCCUUGUUGGCUAGUCAAUUGGGUGUUGGGUUUUUUGAUGACAAACUUGGUGCUCUCUGCAUGCAGUGGUUGAAUGACAAGGUUUACUCAAUUCGCGAAGCAGCUGCAAAUAAUGUGAAGCGCCUGGCUGAAGAAUUUGGUCCAGAUUGGGCAAUGCAACAUAUAAUCCCACAGGUUCUCGACAUGGCUACUAACCCACAUUAUUUGUAUCGAAUGACCAUCAUUCAAUCAAUUUCCUUGCUUGGCCCUGUCAUGGGUGCAGAAAUUACAAGUUCCCGGUUGUUGCCUGUGGUUGUUAAUGCAGCAAAGGACAGGGUACCAAACAUAAAAUUUAAUGUUGCAAAAGUGUUGCAGUCGCUUAUUCCUAUUGUUGACCAAUCGGUUGUAGCGAAGACGAUCAGGCCUUGCUUGAUUGAGCUGAGUGAAGACCCAGACGUCGAUGUCAGAUAUUUUGCUACACAAGCACUCAAGUUAACAGAUGAGGCUGCCAGUGCCAUGUCUAGCUAGAUUUUGUUUACAUUCUUUAAACAUUCUUUUGAAAUCCAGGUGUUUAGCUAGAUCAGUGUUUAUGUUAUAGGCAUUCUUUUGAGUUUUGCCCCUUCAUAAUUAUGUUCAUCUGUGGUUCUGUAAGUUUGUUGCCUCUUGUCUUACUAAAAUCAACAGGCAACCUUGCCCUUUUAGUAUAUAACACAUUGUAUUUUCUUUCGAAUCGCAAUGCAGCUUAGCAAGCUCUGUUUCUUUCGAAUGCUGGCAAAAUGAACUUAAGUUUGGAAAGGCAAAAAUAGAGGGAAAGGAAGGGGGAAAUAGAGAAAUGACAAUUCUUUCAUUUAUAUAACACAAGGGAAUUAAGAGAUUUUUUUUUCCGACAUUGAAAAGAUUUAGAGUAAAACACAACAAUCUUUCCUCUCCUUCUUUCCGUUCCCUCCCCUUCCAUUUCCUUUCAAUU